CAACAACAAUGAUUAAUCGCCGCUUUUACGCGUCUUCGGCGCACCGGGUACCCCAUGAUCAUGAUCAGCAUCAAAAUGAAUCUCAAAUGAAUCUCCUCUCUUCUUCAAAAUAGGUGUGAACUGUAUCAUAAUCGUUUGGAGUCGUCUUAUUCUCCUGAAUGAGACAUGUAUAUAUUGCAACCUUUUUUCAUUUUUUUCUCGAGGACAAGUGUAACUUAGUAGUUUAACUGUACAAGAACCAGCAAUGAUAUUUAUUUAGUUAGACCAUCAUCGAUUUUUCGAUUAACAUCAUUAUGGAGGGCUCGUUUCCAGCGGGCCUGACCUUGCCGAGUUAUCGGCCACUACCACGUACAUCUACUGCUGAGACCUCUUCAUCUAAUGGUGGUGCUUCACAGCAACAAAGUAGGUCUUCACAGAUACACCAUCAACAGAACAGCGGCAGCAAUCACUCGUCCAUGAUACAACACCAGCAUGUCAAUAAUCUUCAGCACGAUCAGCAAGCUGGUCAAGGGGCAGGAACGUCAUCCGGGAACGCAGCUGCCCCGAGCACAAGUACGGAUGUGAAAGUGGUUGUGCGGAUUAGACCGCCAUCAUUGUCGGAAGAAGAUUGCUGCUUUUUCGCACAGAAAGACUUGAAGUCGUUGUUAUGGCAAAACAUAUUCACAUUUUGAUAGUAGGGGCAUUCUUGUUUAUGUGAUCUUAAAAUCCUGCUACAUGAUACUGUAAAUCUGUAUGUUUUGUGAGGAGAAACUGCUCAACUAGCUGUAUUAACUGCAGUCCCCUCGAGCAGAUCAAUUCACAAACUGCAGUCCCCUCGAGCACAUCAUCAUCAUCAUCAUCAUCAUCAUCAUCAUCAGCUUCUUUAGUUCCCACCUCCACCUCCUUCUCGACCACCUCCCUCUUUCAUACGGCGCUUGGCGUAUCGACCCAUUCGGUGUCUCCCCUCUUUGCGAGGAAGCUAUUUUCGAUCACGUCCUGGACCAACAGGACCGCAACGACGAGAUUUUCCGACAAUUGAAACUCGAUGAUGCUGUGGCUAGUACCAUUCAGGGGUUUCAAGAGACCAUCUUUGCUUAUGGUCAAACUGGUUCCGGGAAGUCCUACACGAUUCUGGGCCAACCGACGGAUCCAGGAAUUUUGCCACGUUGUGGAAGAGCGAUGUUCCAGAAACUUGCGCAGUUCGGCAAAGCAGAUGGGAGACGACGGACAGUGCAAUUGACGGCUUGCGAAGUGAAGGAUGGAGCAGUAGUGGACCUGUUAGAGCCACCAUCUGCGAAUGGAGCGGGAGUAGGGGUGCCAGGGAAUGGAAAUACUGCCAAUGCUGCUAAUGGAGCAGUGGCGAAUGGUGCAGGAGGAGCGGUGGGGAAAAGUACUCGAGAACAAGUCUUGAUGUCGUUGUUUUCUAUCAUGCGACAAUGUACAACUAGUAGCUAGACUCGCACUCGGAUCAGAUAUUACUUCUUAAUCAAUAUUUGUUGGAACACCCGAACACGUCCAAGCGCACUAUGAGGCUCUUGAGAGCAAACGAAAUGGUUAUCGUUGCAAUGUAACAGAAAGACGACCAGAACGGACGUGCCGAAUGAUCACUGACUGUUUAAGGCCCUGAAAUGGUAUCAAAAUGGGUUCGAUGUCAUUGGGAUAUCAUUAAGGGCCAUAGUGCAGCUAAAGACCUGGGAGGUCUUGCUGCUAAUUCAUGUUGGAAUUCAUUGAGUUCAAAUGAUGAUCAUGCGAGGAACUAACAUGAGUUCAAGACAAGGGACGGCAUUGAUCAUGAUCAAGGUGACGAGUGAGAGCAGUCAUUUGGCAUUGAUAUCAGGCCCAUUCGUUGGAUCUUGAGCCAGUAAUGACCAUUGACCAACGCCCCUCCUCAAUCGCUAGGUGAGGAAAUGACAAAAGUCACAAACGGUCUGGCGUUACCUGCUCUGACCCAGAACCAUCACUAUUCGUUGUAUAGCCACUGACGUCACCUUUGACCAACGACCUAACACCCUAAGAAGAUAGAAUAGGUAAGCACCGCCAAAGAAGCAGAACUUGAACCAGACUCAUCAUCUUCCUCUUCCGAGUCACUAUCAUCUUCGACAUGGUUACGGCUAAUUACUGGAUUCUCUAUGUGAUGUAAUAAUAAUCUGCGUUUAGUGGAUGAGCAUGAAAGUUUCGUUAGUCCAUCAGCUUUCAUCAGGUGAGUAGGACAGAAAGCGACUUUCUCAGCUGCGUCCCUAACUCUUAAACAACGUAGCGCGUCGUGUCUACUCUUAGGCUUCGUAUCUUCACUCUUUGCUGUCGAGAUUGCAGACUGGUUGUCUAUCCACAAUAUGGCAUCAUCGAGGGAUGGCGAUAUACCAAACCGCGUUUCCACUAGUUGAGUGGGUAAGGGAUUGAAGAAAUCUGUAAAAUCAUGCAGCUCGCUCAUGACAAUAGUGUCCGACGCGGCUAUAUACUCUGACUCUGCAGUUGAAUAUGCGCGCACGGUUUGGGUAUUGCGUUUCCAACAGAUUGGAAAACCCCGAUAGUACAUAAUCGAACCACUGGUCGAGCGCAUGCUCUUUAUGCAGUUUGCGAAUCCUGCAUCUGAGAACCAGUUAGUAUACGGUAGCUCUCUUCCUUCUGGUAGGAGCUUCUUGUAAAUUCCGUUGAAUUCUUCCUCACUUUCUGGAGAAUAAUAGAGUCCUUGGUCUUUUGUCGUAGCUAGAUACUUUAAUACUUUUCUACAGGCUUUUGCAAUUCUUUCUGUAACGGGCUUACUGACAUACCGAGCCAAUGUCGCCACAGGGACGCAAAUAUCUGGCCUUGCGGUUGUCGAUAUCCAAAGCAGUGCGCCAACAAUCUCACGCAAUGGAAACCCGGCUGCUAGCUUAAGCCCCUCCUCAAGCAAAGCAGACUCGUCGAAAUUUGGAGACCACACCGGCUUACCUAAUGUUAUUUUAUACUUCUGUAAAGUCUUCUCUAUGUACACAUUCAUCAGGAUUUUCACUGAACGUGCUUCCCGACAAUAGUGCACAAUCGCACCAAGAAAGUCGAACUCUAGCCAUUCGAAACCCGUAAGAGAAUCGACUCGCUUUGCCAUCUCAAUAGGUCGGCCAGGGGCGCGACUAAAGAUCCGGUCGAGCUCAGACCGUAACUCGUGAUAGUCAGGUCCAGUAGCUAAGUUAUCAUCAACAUAGACUGACAUCUUCAUAUACUUUCCUGGGUGCGUUUUGCUCUUUUUCCGCCACAAUCCUGGAGCAGAAGGACACGGCUCCCAUCCGAGUUCGGACAAUAGCACGCAAUACUUCUUGAACCAGGCUCGUGGAGCGUCCUUGAGCCCAUAGAGAGCUUUCUUAAGCUUGACGAUAUCCGCUCCAUGCUUCUCCGCCCACACUGGUGGAAGACGGCAGAAGACGUCACGAUCGAGUUCAGCAUUAAGGAACGCAGAAUCAAGGUCGAAUGGGAUGACGAAGUCAGAGUCCGUCGCUGCUGAAACGAGUAAAAGUCUAUUCGCAGCAUGUGACACUACAGGGGCGUAGGUGUCGAUAUUCCCCGAACGAUCAAGAUUCCCGAGCACACAAGCACGAGCUUUGAAAGUUCCAUCACGUUUUACCGUGAGAACGAUUGCUAUAGGCAUUACCUGAGAAGAGGUUCGCAGCUCCUCGUCAGUAGCUGGCGCCCAAGUCUCAAAGGCAAGUAGUCUAGCUUCCUCCUUGGUGAUAGCUGCACGCCAUUUCUCGGCGUCAGGGCUUUUCAAGGCUUGGGAAACUGACAGCAUGACAUGUGCUUCGAGAAAGGUCUCCCCUUCUUCCAGCUCAUGCCCGCCUGCUAGCAUGGCAAAUUUAUGCAUGUCUUUUCUUAAUGCUUCUAGCUCGGCUUUUGUUCUUCUUUUGCGUUGUCCUGGAUUCUUAUCCUUGCUCCCUUUAGGUCUUCCUCGGCCUUUCUUCCCCUCCUCAACUUUGCCUGGUUGAGAUGGUGGAAUGGGUAAGGGCCUCGGAUCCCUUGCUUCAGGAUUAGAGUCAGGCGACACACGCUCCGAUGAGCUAUUCCCCUCCUCAACGCGUUGCGCGUCAGAGUUGGAAUCAUCCCCGGUCUUUGGAUCUUCCUCUUUGUCCAAAGAUUCACAGAAAAACUCAUCAGUGUCAUUGUUAUCUAAUAUCAUUUCCAUGCCGGUUGGAUCGCCUGAGCUGUACUCCGUGCCAGAGAGGCGCGGCUGACAGGCCAUACGUUGCAGCGCAUGUCUGUGCAGGACGGGACCCAGCGACGGCGUGCCAGACUGCAGGUUUUCCAGCGGGUCAUAAUCAACAUAAAUGCCCUUCGACGUAGGCAGUAGACAAGCAAUGUUCUUGACUAAUAUCGACUCUCGAAAUUUCACAUCUAGUGUGGAAUACUCACUCCACUUGAAGCCAGCUUUCGUUCUCCCAUCGUUGUGAUAUGUACCUACUAGCCAACCAGACGAAACUGGACACAGACCGAGAAACACACCACGCCGAUAAGGUGGCGCGAGCUCUGCUUCUUUCUUGUUGGUGGUGUCUACGACCUGUUCACGAAAGUACACCAAACAGCCAAACCUUCUUAGCAUACCUAGACCACUUUUCGAGGACUUCUUUCCUAUCCUCUUUUCUAGUAUCUCGACGGGACUCAUUCCGUCAUGUUCUGGCAUUUUUGCGUAACGAUGCGGUAAGCGAUUCCAACAAUCUCCGGCAUACUGUAGGCAGUAACACCAAAGACGUCGGUCGACUUUGACCAACAUGGUACGCACAGCGCCGAAAAUGGUCCGCGUGAAACGUCCGCAAGUUCCGUUCAUUUCUGGGCUGUAAGGAACUCCAGGAAUUUCCGAAACCAGUAGCGAUUGCAUGACUUCGGUCAUAUGGUCACUACUUAGGACGGGUUCGCUAUCUCUACGGAUGAACCAUGCCGCCUUGUCGUCGAGUGACAAUGAGUAGUCCUGGCGAAUGCCUUUUAUUACUUCUUCAAUCACCUCUACGCAGUCCGACUUGAGGCAAAGAGGACGAACGAGACGCAUUUUAAUCGAAUCACAAAUAAUGACUAAAGCGCGUCUUUUGCUUCUUAUAGAUACUGGCCCAAUUAUACCAACUGCGAAAUCAAUUGCAAGUGUUUUCAAUGGCGAAGGUAUAUGCCCAGCGGGCCUCGCUUUUGCAUGAGAGCGUCUUUGACCUUUGGUUCGAUCACAUUCUGGACAAGAUACACGAAGGCCAUCAGCGUGAAAGUGGCCAAGUCUACGAUGUAUGUCUAAUCUUGAAGCUUGUGAAUGAAGUCUAGCUUCUUCUAUACUAGUGCAUACUAUAUCCUCCUCAUUUUCAUUUUCUUCUUUGCUAAACAUGUCACAACCUAGAGUAGGUAGCUGCAUCUGGGGGCAAUUUGUUAUGGGUAGAGAGCGGCCGGAGCGGGUAUUGUACAACGUUCCGCCACUUUCUGUGAAAUUCAUUUGCCAACCCUUCUCAUGACAGUUCCCUUCGCCUAGCCAUGGUAUGAUGCGAUCUAUGGCUUUUGGUAAAUGUUCAAAGUGUGCGCCAUAUUUUAAUCCUAAUUUGUUUUCUUUCAGUCUACCUAAGUUCCCACUUCGCUUUCCAGCAGUGCCACUAAUAUGAUAGAGCCGGUAGCUAAUCUUCUUGAAAUCGGAACGAUGGCGAGACAAAUACUUACUUGCACAACUGUCAACAAGUGAAACUGUUUUGCUAUUUUCCCUGUUAUUUGCACUUAGAUAGCAACCUGAGUGAUUAUCAAUCGUAUAGCUUUCACCCCUAAACAGUUCACUUCUAUAUUCUUUAUUCUCAAGGUUUUCUUCAAAGUUCAGCGAACAUCUUCCAUUUCCAUCUUCGAAAUCUUCUUCAGAUUCCUCUUCAUCUUGGGACUGUCCAUCUCGUUUCCCAUAUCCAUUCCAUUCCGGACUGGUUUCGACUCAGCGUUGUGGUUGUUGUCCACCCCAUUGCUGCUGUGGGUUACUGUUGUCGAAUCCUUUUCCUCCACUUUGUUGCGGUGGAUAGCUGUUCUGGUGCCGCGGAGGGAUAGCGUUACCUUGCGGCCAGCAGUUGCGUGAGUUGUUGAAGAAGUUGCUGCCCAUGGCUUUGUUAGGUUGGUAGCUUUGACUCAUCGGGUUUAGCCAGCAUUUGUGCGCCUUAUGUCCAUACUUGUGACAAUAGUUGCACUGGAUACCCUCAAUAGGAUUAGAGUUCUUAGCACCUUUACCUUUGCCAUUUCCUUUGUUUUUCUUACUACUAGAACUACUACUACUACUCUUUCCACUUCCUUUUGUUGCGUAGGCCUCAUUCUUGAUUUCUUUGCGAAUCUUCUUGCGAAGUCGUUUGAUCGUUGUUUUCUUGAGAGCGGCAAACGCAUUACCAUCGUCAUCACUCUCAUCUUGACGCUUGCGCUUCUUGGUUUUGGUAUUGUUCUGGUUUUCAUCAUCCGAAUCUUCGACAGCUGGAGAAGCUUUGCCGAAAGAUGGACUCUCGAUCUUGUACUCACCAGAGUCAAUCAAACUUUGAAGGCGUUUCGUGAGUCUUUCACCGAUUUGGACGAACGUUAGACGUUCUUCUUCUUGCAUCCUCUCGAUUGUCUGUCGAAAUGCUUUGGAAAACAUUUUUGGCAGAAUGUCGAGGAUUGCGCCGUUUUGUUGAUCAGCAACAGCCACACCAACUUCCGGCGGGUAUACGGUCGGAGAUUGGUUCAUGACAUCUCUGACCUUCGCCAGGAAUGUUGGAACGUCUGGAGGAGAAUCAGGGUUCGUGAAGUGCAUCCCUUCCAACGCUUUAGCAGAGAUUCGUUGCCCUGUGCGGUCAUUUUGACUGAAACCAGCGUCACGGAGGUUCGUUACCAUUUCGCCAGCAUUCAUUGCAGUGGUAUCCUGAUCCUUCAUAUGUGCUUCGGCUGCACCUUUGAGCGACUUGAUGAUCACACUCUUCAAAUCUCGCCAAUUCUGCUGGAGCUUGCGGUCGUUGUUGUUGGGUUGGUUCGGAACCCCUGUCGCAUUGCCGUUCAGCACGUUGUUGAGGUAUUGGACUAGGUCCAGGCGGUCUGCUUCUUGCGUUACCGCUCGAAGCCAGUCACGCCAGUCAGAUUUCUGCCCCAGUUUGGGUGAAAUCUCUCCGAGACUCAUAUCGGGCAUUUUGUGGCGCAAGUAGUGCGACUUUGUUUCCUUUACUUCUACAAAGAAUUGACUAGCUAUUUCUUUAAUAAGGUAAGAAAGGCUCAAGGGCUUGAAACAGUGUUGGAACACCCGAACACGUCCAAGCGCACUAUGAGGCUCUUGAGAGCAAAUGGAAUGAUUAUCGUUGCAAUGUAACAGAAAGACGAUCAGAACGGACGUGCCGAAUGAUCACUGACUGUUUAAGGCCCUGAAAUGGUAUCAAAAUGGGUUCAAUGUCAUUGGGAUAUCAUUAAGGGUCAUAGUGCAGUUAAAGAUCUGGGAGAUCUUGCUGCUAAUUCAUGUUGGAACUCAUUGAGUUCAAAUGUAUGAUGAUCAUACGAGGAACUAACAUGAGUUCAAGACAAGGAACGGCAUUGAUCAUGAUCAAGGUGACGAGUGAGGGCAGUCAUUUGGCAUUGAUAUCAGGUUCAUUCAUUGGAUCUUGAGCCAGUAAUGACCAUUGCCCAACAAUAUUAAAGACCAGCUAGUACUAAGUACGUUCCUACCUGUGAAAAGUAGACACUAAUCUGAUGAUAAAUAUCUCGUCGUGACCACUCCGCUUCUUGCACUCCCACCUCAGCCCCCCGCAACGUCCUCGAUUACGAUCGGGUACCGGUCAAGGGUAAAGUUUGCUAUUUCUCGAAAAAAACUAUCUGGUCGUAUGAAGAAGCCAUACAGCACUUGCGAUACGCCAUCGACAGUCGCGAAGUAGGGAGUAGCAGUUUAAACUCGGAAUCUUCCAGAAGUCACAUGGUGAUUAUGGCUAGAAGCAAAUGUUCUUGUUAUUAUCAGAUCGCUAGAAAGUGUUCUUGUUAAUAAAAUGAGCGUCUCUUGAAUUCUAAAGCUCUCGAUAUUUUUAAAAACACGUCUCUACUUGAGGCUGAAAUAGAACCAAGUCAGAGGUUUACCCCAGUACUUCCCCUCUAUCAGUUUGAAGAUAAAAAGCUAGCGUCAGAGUACAUCCUUUCGUCCUCCCACUUCUAACCACUUCCGUUUCCACGUGAAGUCUUUCUUACCCUCCGCUGAAGUGACCUGUGGCACACUUACUUUGGUCGAUUUAGCUGGUAGCGAGAAGGAACAUGAGAACCCGACCAAGAAUGGACAGACGGAAGCGAAUGGGAUCAACGUGUCGUUGACGCAUUUGAAUAGAUUGCUAGUCAAAAUGCAGUAUAACCAGUUGGACGACAGCGAUAGGAGGCAGUCGACGCUGAACAUGAUACUGUUCGAUAGUUUAUGGAAAGAGUUCGAAUGAGUUUUGUUACUCUGAACAUGAUACUGUUCGAUAGUUUAUGGAAAGCUAAUGGCUGUUGUUCUUGUUGUUUACGAGUGUAGAGGAAGGGGAAGCGCGUUGAUUUACACUAUCGUAUAGGAACUCAAAACUAGUUAUUGUCUACUUCUUCAUAUACUCACCGACUACAUGAUCCCUUCCCACUUUCAUCCCUCCUCCGCGAAGACUGCGGCGUCACCAUGGUUUUCUGCAUUCAUCCGGACCGCGCCACUUACCAGGCUUCCAAGACCAGUCUUCAGAUGGCGCAGAGAUGUAAGAAGAUUCAGAGACGGAAGAGGAUACGAUUAAGGCUUGAAAAAAUUGAUCCAUCUUUCGGAGCGUCUUGGCCCCAUUCAUUUUGAAGGGCCGAGAUGCUGGGCGGGAUGGUAGAUUUGGGCAAGGUCUAAUACGAAAGUUGGUGAACAUCAAUGGCACGAUGACCACAAGCAGUAGCGCAACGGCUCCAGGACUAGCAGGACAACAGCAGAUGAUCACGCAAGAACUUCUAGACAGACAGGUGGACGAAACGGAGCAUCUGCGUAAGAAACAUUAAGGCUACCGCAGAUGCAUCCUCAGAACAUGAUACUGGGAAAUCCUCAGACCUUGGGAUCGAUCUUAUUAUAAUUCAAGGGGAAAAAGAAGCGUCCAGGGAUGUGGCUCUCAGGGAAGAUGCUUACGCGGUUGCUCUAAAUACGCGAGUUUUUGGAGAAGGAACGGAGUGAAGAUAGGUUGCUAAUCGAUUCUCUCGAGAGGAAGAAUAUCUGUCUUCAGGGCAUGGUCGAGGAGCAUCGGCAGAUCAAGACGCACUUAUCCGACAAGUGCGAGAGUAUGAAGACGGAUUUGACUAGUAGGAUUUACAGGCUAGAAGCGGACUUGGAGGACGAAAGAAAGCGAUGCGAGAGGUGGCGAGCUGAAUGCGAUAGGCUGACUAGGGAGAACGAAAGACUGGCGAAACAACUGUCGACUGGAGGAAAUGUACUAGUAGGCGGACGCGCACGUCAACUACAUUCUUCUGACAAUACUAAGGAUUAUGCUCAUCUUGUUCCAGAACCAGGUAGUUCGACAUCGGAAGGGAGCUCAUCGAAAACCUCGAAAACAGACUCGGCAGGCGAAGACUUGGUCACGAGUUCGUCGUUGGGCACGACUGGAGCGACAGCAUCAGGUAAUCUGUCCUCUUCAGGGAAGAUGAAGCUGCAGAAUGGACAAGGAAGCAAUGCUGGACACUAUAUUAGUAGUGGGAGCGGCGCCGCUCCUUCCUCCUACGAAGACGUGCUUCAGACUAUGCAAACAUCUUCAGGGAGCGAAGCUGUGCAAGUACAAGGACUAAGGACAUUGCUGAAAUUCGUGUCCAACAAACACGGAAAUGCGUCUUCUAGUGGGGGAGGGCUCGGCAUAAAGACAAAAAGCGAACAAGAUAUGGCUAGUGGUGGGACUGGAGUUGAUGGGGCAACUACUGCAAAUGGAGGCAGUGCCUGUGCAGAAUUACUUCAUCAACAUCGGAGGAAAAGUGGAGAAUUUUUCUUCGCUGAGUACCCUGGCGGAAGAACUAGCUACGAAACGGUCGCUGCGUUAAACGGAGAUGUGAAGACGAAUCCCAAUGCUAGUGCUGGAGGUUUUGCCCCUUCGUUAUCAUCUUCUUCAGGACAGCAGUCGCAACUCCAAGCUUCUCUAGCCCUUGCCGGUAAGGAUCAAUCGCUCGCACAGCAGAAGACCAUGGUAGCCUCGGUGGUGGCGACUACGGUGCGGUCUUUGCGGUGCUUUCCUCUAGUUCCGAGGAUUCAACGAGAUGGAGCAUUGCUAUUAUCAGAAAUCGCAUCUCAGUUUGCGGAGGCUGGGGCUAAGCAAUUGAUUCUGCCAGAAGUGGAAAGAAGUAUUUUGCCGAUGUUGGAUAGAAGAGGUCUUUUUGGAGGAGAUGGCAGUAGUAGCACUAGUGGCGUUGCGCAACUGCAGAAUGGCGGACCAGGACCAUCAGAUCAAGAUCAACAAGGCGAGCCAAGUCUUCCUGUGACGCAGAACACUAACUACUGUCAAGUCUGCGUCGCGUGCUCUAGGCUAUUAGCAGUCCUAGGACAAAGACAUCCUGGGCAUCAGAGUGAGAUUGGGCGAGCAGGCGCGAUUGCGAAGAUAGUAGAUGCAAUGAUCAGGCCAGCUGCUGAAGAUGCUGCAGAAGUUGUGGGUCAUCAUCAACUGCAACAAUCAAAUGCCAGUAGUGCACCUAACGUGGGACACGCCAACGACCUAGUCGUCCACGGUUGUUGGGCCUUGAUGAACUUGUGCAACAAACAUGGAGACAAUCAAGCAUUGUUCCGAAAGAGUGGGGGCAUAACGCUUAUCCUACGUUUGAUCACGCAGAGACUACCACAGAUAGAACCUUCAUUGGCGCCAGGUGAUCAAAGUUCUAGUUCUAGCCCUUCGCACGCAGAAACGCGCAACGCAGGAGCGUAUCUAUCAGGUUGCGUUGCGAGUGUGGUGGAGACGUGUCCAGAGAAUCAAAAAGAAUUUUUCAAGAUGGGCGGAGUCGAGAUAUUGGUAGUUCAGCACGAUCAUCACUUUGACUUUCUUCAAAUGUCAACAUGCUCUUGAUCAUCUCUUCAUCAGCAAAAUAGAACUCUCCUGAAUCACUGACAACCCAUCAGGUCUCCCUCUUUGAGCGUGGCAUCGACUACGCAGCCAUCGUCUCCAACGUUUGCAUUGCAGUCGCGCAUAGUUUUACGGCUCAAUAUACUUAAUUCGUUUUCACAGCCAGGUCAUUUUCUUCUAUUCCCUUCUUUGGAUUGUAGGUAAGAAAUGAGAACUGUUUGAGGGAGAACAAGAAGAGAACCCUUAUGAAGAUCAAAUUCACCAGGUUACCAAAUACCAGAACCAUAUAAAUAACUGCGUUUACCAAAUACCAGAACCAUACAAACUGCUUGGAGCUCUAUGAAUCGAUAGAGUCUAAUAGUUGCCAUCGUUCGCAGAAGCUGCAUUUGCCAGAUGCUCUCUUCUCUUUGAUAAGGCAAUCCCUGUUGAUCCAUCCAGACCAUUCCCCAGUGGUGGGAAACGCUUGCAGAUGCAUCGCGACAGUGACGGAGAAUUGUAGGGAGAACCAGAGGAAAUUUUUGGAAUUGGCAGGCAGGGGGAUCGGCAACGUGAGAGGAGUACUUUUUAUAAGAAUUGGACUGGUUUUUUUGAAUCAUGAAUUGUGACUCUAUGUAUAGCAGGACGAAGGAAUCUGUAGAUGAUGAUCAUCGGUUUCUUCCUUUUCUGCAUAGUUAUCCUAUUUACCAUGAAUCUAGAACAAGAAGAUCAGAUUCCAUGUGAUGUAGUUCAUCUUUUGAUGCAACUGCAAGUUCUUUCAUUUCCGCGGAGUAAUAUGCUUGACUUUACAAAACAUCACAGGACCAGCAAGAUUCUGGCAUUAUCUCGCUUCUCUUUGCCGGAAUGCGAGCGCAUGCAGCAGACGUUACUCUGAAUACGACAGUCUGUUUAUGAAACGAAAAAGUGUACUCGUCCUCAAGAAAGUCGGCACUUUCUCAGUAGGAAAAAGCCUCUUUUCUUGAGGAUGAGUACACUUUUUUCGGUCAUACUCUUGGGCCUUGGCGAAUUUGGUGAAUGCAGAGAUCGGAAGUGGAUGCGAUCAAAGCAAUGUCAAUGUGAUGCAUGAACAAGCCUUGUCUCUGGAAGAGCUUCAGUGGAUUGUGGGCCAACUGGAGAAUUUUCAUACUGACGAACGAUUUGCCGAGUACUGCUGUCGCUUGUUAGGCGAGAUCACGAAGGGACCAACCAGCGACCGCUGUUCGGCAGCUGUAGCGAGGACUAGGCAUGCGCUGAAACGGAGCACUGAACUAGUGAAACUGCUAGUGCGGAUUCGUGAAGCUAGCGGUACCACGCCGUACGUGUUGUUAAGGCUUGUAUCACAAAUAUUUUAUCCUAAAAAAAGUGUUGAUCUAUUUAAUGUAUUAUGAUAAUCUUCAGAGAACGAAGCAUCUACUUGGAGACCUAGCGAUCCAUCUAUUAUAAUAGAGCGAAGACGUUUGCGUUUCCUUCUCUCCUCGAAGAUCUAUCUUAAAUCUUCAGAGAGGUUAACAGUAUCCACCUAGGAUCUCAGGAUGGAUCAGGUUGAGAGCUCUAAUGGUUGCGAGAAUCAAAGAAGUGUACCAAAACCUGACCAAGUGAAUGGUGCUGAACGGUGUUGGUCGAACUAUGGGAAAUUAAAAUGGAGAUUGAAGAUACGGUUUUUUCAUAACUCUACCGUAGUAAUUCUUUCCGUUAUUAGUAGUUCGUCGUCGUUAUGAGUAGUUUUUUCAAGUAGUUGCCCGCUACUAGUACGAAAGAGGAACCUCCUCUUAGUAGUCUUUUUUUCUUUUUACAACACCAUUAUGCCCCAUCAUGGAUGCGUGUCCUAGGGCCGUUAUAGUUUCUUUCAUUUUCUAACAACAGAUUCGAGAUUUGAAUCGCUUAUUGUUUUCUUGUAGUCGCACCAUUAUAGAACACGUACGCUGCAAAAAAAAUAUUACAUCUUUUAUGUUGAGGAGCAGAGGUCUCUCGUGGAAGCAGAUGGGAUAUUCCCUCUCGUGUGACCUUGUUGCUGCCCUUCUUUGCAACAUAUCCUUCAGAACUUAGGUUCUUCGGAACUGGAAUGCGAAUGCUAAUGCGAUUUAAUGCAGAUCCGCAAAAAAAAUUUUAAAAUGUAACAUCAAAAAGAAUGUUCGAGUAAUCCAUUGGAUGAAUGAAUGAGUGAAACUACUCUAGGAUUUACGCCUACAAUUUUGGGAUUAAUACACAAAGUGCAGUGAUUGACUCACAUACUCCUUUUUAAUUAAUCAUGAUCAUCGUGUUUGGUAUGAGAGAGCCUUCAAGGUCGUUCCGACAAUAGUGUCCUAUUUUUCCCAAAUAUACUCAGACAAGGCUGGUGCUGUGGCUACAGCGUACUAUUUGGUUUGAAGCGAUUACUCGAGAUUGAUUGACGUAGAAUUAUUUAUUUUUACGUCGGAAAACGAAAAACACCUUGAAAAAAUGUGUGGUUAUACGAACAACAAAUACCAGUUGUGGGGUGGAAAAGACAAUGCCGAUCCCGAUCGACCACUCCACAGACUAUGAGGGGUGUUUAUGGGCGAAAAGACUAACAAGCAAUAGUCGAAUCGCCGUGCAUUUUUUUAGUAUAAGUAAUUUUUUACAGUAUGUAUAUGGCUUUUGACUCAAGGCUCUUUGGGCUUCGUUGACUUUGAGGUAAUUUCGUCCUGUACAUAAUUUUGAUAGCUUCUUUUGCGGAAAUCAUCUUCUAUGUACUAAAAACAGCAUCUUGAAGAGCAGACGAAGCAUGAUUCAUACAUAAGAGCCAUAGAACAUGAGAGCAUGUUGACUGACACUCGACAGAUUGUUUUUGAGUUUUUUUUUUGGAAAAAUGCGAUCAGCUUUUUUGUCCAUUUUUUUUGGACAUUGAUCCUAACAACAUAUCUUGCUGUUUUUUUGUACCAGAUCAGACAGCAAAAAUGCAUGAAUACCUUAGCAAGCCAUUCAUGGCUCCUCGCCUGCAGAAAAAUACGCCUGCUUGCGGGAAAAACGCUGGCUGUUGUAAUCGAAAGUUUGUAGUCGAAGACUACAGCCCUAGAUGGUACCAGUUGUCAAGUGAUGUUGGG